UUCACAUUAGAUGCCAGCCAAAUAGUAGUAGCAAAAUUCCAAACGUACAAAACUGUAUAGAGAAUAAUUCCCCAAAAAAAGUGAACACAUCUGAAGCCAAAGUUUCCGAUUCCAGGAUGUGCAUGCCGUAUCUGAACAAACUCUUCGGCGGCAACGGCGGCGAUCGUCGGGAGCGUCGCACCCGGGAUGGCGGUAUUACCCCGCUGCCCAGUCUGGCCAAUGUGAACCAGGUCUCGUUGGACACCGUCCAUACCGUCAAGUCCGGCAAGUCGUCGAAAUCCGGCAAGUCCGCCAGUCGGAGGAGCACCACCAAUACCACUGGACAACCCGCCGAUACCAGUGAGAGCAGCAUGGAGUCCCAGACGGAGCAGCCGAUGGCGGCCGCCUCACGAGGAGCUGUUCGCAAUGCCUCCGCCUCGGUGGCACCUGCACCAUCACCUUCACCUGCUGCCAGCGGAUCGAGAACACGCAGAUCCUGGUGGGGAUACUUUGGCAUGAACAAGAACAAGAAGCCCAGCAUUGAGUCGCUCUAG